GAGUCACUUCUGGUCGACAUGACAGUUUAUUUCCGGACUAUGGGACGAGGCUGGGGUUUCCUCUUCCCCGUAGCGGCUGCCCGCAUCGACGCCGCCAUCAUGUCAGACACGGACAGCGAUGAAGAUUCCGCUGGAGGCGGCCCAUUUUCUUUAGCCGGUUUCCUUUUCGGCAACAUUAAUGGAGCCGGGCAGCUGGAGGGGGAAAGCGUCUUGGAUGAUGAGUGUAAGAAGCGCUUGGCAGGCUUGGGGGCUUUGGGUCUGGGCAGCCUGAUCACUGAACUCACAGCAAAUGAAGAAUUGAUCGGGACUGACGGUGCCCUGGUAAAUGAUGAAGGAUGGAUCAGGAGUACAGAAGAUGCUGUGGACUAUUCAGACAUUAAUGAGGUAGCAGAAGAUGAAAGCCGAAGAUACCAGCAAACAAUGGGGACCUUGCAGCCCCUUUGCCAUGCAGAUUAUGAUGAGGAUGACUAUGAUGCUGAUUGUGAAGACAUUGAUUGCAAGUUGAUGCCUCCUCCACCUCCACCCCCAGGACCAAUGAAGAAGGAUAAGGACCAGGAUGCUAUUACUGGUGUGUCUGAGGAUGGAGAAGGCAUCAUCUUGCCCUCCAUCAUUGCCCCUUCCUCUUUGGCCUCAGAGAAAGUGGACUUCAGUAGUUCCUCUGACUCAGAAUCUGAGAUGGGACCUCAGGAAGCAACACAGGCAGAAUCUGAGGAUGGAAAGCUGACCCUACCAUUGGCUGGGAUUAUGCAGCAUGAUGCCACCAAGCUGUUGCCGAGUGUCACAGAACUUUUCCCAGAAUUUCGUCCUGGGAAGGUGUUACGCUUCCUACGUCUUUUUGGACCAGGGAAGAAUGUCCCAUCUGUUUGGCGGAGUGCUCGGAGAAAGAGGAAGAAGAAGCACCGUGAACUAAUACAGGAAGAGCAGAUCCAGGAGGUGGAGUGCUCAGUAGAAUCAGAAGUCAACCAGAAAUCUUUGUGGAACUACGACUACGCUCCACCACCACCUCCAGAGCAGUGUCUCUCUGAUGAUGAAAUCACAAUGAUGGCUCCUGUGGAGUCCAAGUUUUCCCAGUCAACUGGAGAUACAGAUAAAGUGACAGACACCAAGCCAAGAGUGGCUGAGUGGCGUUAUGGUCCUGCUAGACUGUGGUAUGAUAUGCUGGGUGUUCCUGAAGAUGGCAGUGGGUUUGACUAUGGCUUCAAACUGAGAAAGAUGGAACUUGAACCUGUGAUGAAAUGUAGAAUGAUGGAGGACUUCAGGAAACUUGAGGAAACCAGUGGCACUGAUCUUCUGGCUGAUGAAAACUUCCUGAUGGUGACACAGCUGCAUUGGGAGGAUGAUAUCAUCUGGGAUGGCGAGGAUGUCAAACACAAAGGGACAAAACCACAGCGUGCAAGCUUGGCAGGCUGGCUUCCUUCCAGCAUGACUAGGAAUGCCAUGGCUUACAAUGUUCAACAAGGUUUUGCAGCAACCCUGGAUGAUGACAAACCUUGGUACUCCAUUUUUCCCAUUGACAAUGAGGAGCUAGUAUAUGGACGCUGGGAGGACAAUAUCAUUUGGGAUGCUCAGGCCAUGCCCCGGCUCUUGGAGCCUCCUGUUUUGACACUUGAUCCCAAUGAUGAGAACCUCAUUUUGGAAAUUCCAGAUGAAAAGGAAGAGGCUACUUCUAACUCCCCCUCCAAGGAGAGUAAGAAGGAAUCAUCUCUGAAGAAGAGUCGAAUUCUGUUAGGGAAAACAGGAGUCAUCAAGGAGGAACCACAGCAGAACAUGUCUCAGCCAGAAGUGAAAGAUCCAUGGAAUCUCUCCAAUGAUGAAUAUUACUACCCUAAGCAACAGGGUCUUCGAGGCACCUUUGGAGGAAAUAUUAUCCAGCACUCAAUUCCUGCUGUGGAAUUGCGGCAGCCCUUCUUUCCCACCCACAUGGGGCCCAUUAAACUACGGCAGUUCCAUCGCCCACCUCUAAAGAAGUACUCUUUUGGGGCACUAUCUCAGCCAGGUCCCCACUCAGUCCAGCCCUUGCUAAAGCACAUCAAAAAGAAGGCUAAGAUGAGAGAACAAGAGAGGCAAGCUUCAGGUGGUGGAGAGAUGUUUUUCAUGCGCACACCUCAGGACCUCACAGGCAAAGAUGGAGAUCUUAUUCUUGCAGAAUAUAGUGAGGAAAAUGGACCAUUAAUGAUGCAGGUUGGCAUGGCAACCAAGAUUAAAAACUACUAUAAGCGGAAACCCGGAAAAGAUCCCGGAGCCCCAGAUUGUAAAUAUGGAGAAACUGUUUACUGCCAUACAUCUCCUUUUCUAGGCUCACUCCAUCCUGGACAAUUACUGCAGGCAUUUGAGAACAAUCUUUUUCGUGCUCCAAUUUAUCUUCAUAAGAUGCCAGAAAGUGACUUCCUUAUCAUUCGCACAAGACAAGGUUACUAUAUUCGGGAAUUAGUGGAUAUUUUUGUGGUUGGACAGCAGUGCCCCUUGUUUGAAGUUCCUGGGCCCAACUCCAAAAGGGCCAAUACACAUAUUCGAGACUUUCUCCAGGUGUUUAUUUACCGCCUGUUCUGGAAGAGUAAAGAUCGGCCACGGCGGAUCCGAAUGGAAGAUAUAAAAAAAGCCUUUCCUUCCCAUUCAGAAAGCAGCAUCCGGAAGAGGCUAAAGCUCUGCGCUGACUUCAAACGCACAGGCAUGGACUCAAACUGGUGGGUGCUGAAGUCUGAUUUUCGUUUACCAACUGAGGAGGAGAUCAGGGCUAUGGUGUCUCCAGAGCAGUGCUGCGCUUAUUAUAGCAUGAUAGCAGCAGAGCAGCGGCUGAAGGAUGCUGGCUAUGGUGAGAAGUCCUUUUUUGCUCCAGAAGAGGAAAAUGAGGAAGAUUUCCAGAUGAAGAUUGAUGAUGAGGUUCGCACUGCUCCUUGGAACACCACAAGGGCCUUCAUUGCUGCCAUGAAGGGCAAGUGUCUCCUGGAGGUGACUGGGGUGGCAGAUCCCACAGGGUGUGGUGAAGGAUUCUCCUAUGUGAAGAUUCCAAACAAACCAACACAGCAGAAGGAUGAUAAGGAGCCUCAGCCAGUGAAGAAGACAGUGACAGGAACAGAUGCAGACCUCCGUCGCCUGUCGCUGAAAAAUGCCAAGCAACUUCUACGUAAAUUUGGCGUGCCUGAGGAAGAGAUUAAAAAGUUGUCCCGCUGGGAAGUGAUCGAUGUAGUACGCACAAUGUCAACAGAACAGGCCCGCUCUGGAGAGGGGCCCAUGAGUAAAUUUGCCCGUGGAUCAAGGUUUUCUGUCGCUGAGCAUCAAGAGCGUUACAAAGAGGAAUGUCAGCGCAUCUUUGACCUGCAGAACAAGGUUUUGUCAUCAACUGAAAUCUUAUCAACUGACACAGAUAGCAGCUCAGCUGAAGACAGUGACUUUGAGGAGAUGGGAAAGAACAUCGAGAACAUGUUGCAGAAUAAGAAAACCAGCUCUCAGCUGUCACGUGAGCGGGAGGAGCAGGAGCGGAAGGAACUGCAGCGGAUGCUACUGGCAGCAGGCUCAGCAGCAUCAGGAAACAAUCACAGAGAUGAUGACACAGCUUCUGUGACUAGCCUUAACUCUUCUGCCACCGGCCGUUGUCUCAAGAUUUAUCGCACAUUUCGCGAUGAAGAGGGGAAAGAAUAUGUUCGCUGUGAGACCGUCCGAAAGCCAGCUGUCAUUGAUGCCUAUGUGCGUAUACGGACUACGAAAGAUGAGGAAUUCAUUCGCAAAUUUGCCCUUUUUGAUGAGCAGCAUCGAGAAGAGAUGCGAAAAGAACGGCGGAGGAUUCAAGAGCAACUGAGGCGGCUUAAGCGAAACCAGGAAAAGGAGAAGCUUAAGGGUCCUCCUGAGAAGAAGCCCAAAAAAAUGAAGGAGCGUCCUGACCUAAAACUGAAAUGUGGGGCUUGUGGUGCCAUUGGGCACAUGAGAACAAACAAAUUCUGCCCCCUUUAUUAUCAAACAAAUGCCCCACCUUCCAACCCUGUUGCCAUGACAGAGGAGCAGGAGGAAGAGUUGGAAAAGACAGUCAUUCAUAAUGAUAAUGAAGAACUUAUCAAGGUUGAAGGGACCAAGAUUGUCUUAGGGAAGCAACUAAUUGAGAGUGCAGAUGAGGUUCGCAGAAAAUCUCUGGUUCUCAAGUUCCCUAAGCAGCAACUUCCUCCCAAGAAGAAACGGCGAGUUGGAACCACUGUUCACUGUGACUAUUUAAAUAGACCUCAUAAGUCCAUUCACCGGCGCCGGACAGACCCCAUGGUGACAUUGUCAUCCAUUUUGGAGUCUAUCAUCAAUGACAUGAGAGAUCUUCCAAAUACGUACCCUUUCCACACUCCAGUCAAUGCAAAGGUUGUAAAGGACUACUACAAAAUUAUCACCCGACCAAUGGACUUACAAACGCUCCGUGAAAAUGUGCGUAAACGCCUCUACCCAUCUCGGGAAGAGUUCAGAGAGCAUUUGGAGCUAAUUGUGAAAAAUAGUGCAACCUACAAUGGACCGAAGCACUCAUUGACCCAGAUCUCUCAAUCCAUGCUGGAUCUCUGUGAUGAAAAACUUAAAGAGAAAGAAGACAAAUUGGCUCGUUUGGAGAAAGCUAUCAACCCCUUGCUGGAUGAUGAUGACCAAGUGGCAUUUUCUUUUAUUCUGGACAACAUUGUCACCCAGAAAAUGAUGGCAGUUCCAGAUUCUUGGCCAUUUCAUCACCCAGUUAAUAAGAAGUUUGUUCCAGAUUAUUACAAAGUGAUUGUCAGUCCAAUGGAUUUAGAGACCAUACGUAAGAAUAUCUCCAAGCACAAGUAUCAGAGUCGGGAGAGCUUUCUAGACGAUGUCAACCUUAUUCUGGCCAACAGUGUUAAAUACAAUGGGCCUGAAAGUCAGUAUACCAAGACUGCUCAGGAGAUUGUGAACGUCUGUUACCAGACAUUGACUGAGUAUGAUGAGCAUUUGACUCAACUUGAGAAGGAUAUUUGCACAGCUAAAGAAGCAGCUUUGGAGGAAGCAGAGUUAGAAAGCUUGGACCCAAUGACCCCAGGGCCUUACACACCUCAGGCUAAGGUGAGUGAGGGCCGUGGGUCUUGGUAGCCUUGUUGAAUCCAGAAGAGACAGAUAUGGGAUGAAUGAACGGGGUGGGAUCUUAGUUGUUUAGGCAGUAUUUAGGAAUACCAGAUUCCUGACGACCAUGGCCAGAGGCAUUCUCUUGAGUCUCUGGGGCUCCCUUGCCUCAUGCAUUGGGGUUCUAGGACAUCCCUAGAGUAUAGACAUGGGCCACAUUGUUCCUGUGCCUUAUAGAUGCCUGAUUACUCAUUCCUUCUGAGAUAUCUCAGUGUAGCUCAGAUGUCACCCAUUUUCCUGGAUUGACUCGCUCUCCCCAUAAAUGAAGACAGGUAAUGUUUUAUAAUGUUCUUCAAUUUUCAUGUGAAAGACUAGAGAGCAAGAUUAAUAAGAAAUUUUUAUUCUUUCUGAUCUGACCCUUGAAUGUACUAAGAGUCUCUUUCAUCUAUACUAUACUCUUAGAGGGCUGGUAUAUUUGAAUAAUAAGACUUACCAGAAUAUAACUGUAUUGGAGGCACUAUGGUAAAGUGGAAAGUACAUGAAGGUUGGUAUAAAACAGUCCUGGGUUUGAGUCUUAGCUCUGCUGCUAUCUAGCUUUGUGAACUUGGGAAGUUAACUUAACCCCUCUAAUCCAGUUUCCGUUUCUCUAAAAUGUACUUUUCAAGGUUGUUGCAAACAUUAAACAAGGUCAUUUGCCCAGCACAUAGUAGACAUUCAGGAAAUGUUUAUUUCCUUAUCUGUAUGAAAGUCACCUACAGGGUUCUCAGAGGCCCUUUCAAAUUUAACCAAAUAUUCUAAUGCAUAUUUCUCCCAAUUCCCACUGGAAAACGUUUUUCCAUUCUGCUCAGGUUUCACUCUGAACUAAUAAUGCAACCUGUGUGAUCUCUGUUGGAUAAUUGCUGUCUGUAUCUCAUUCAUGCACUCUCCUUACCUAUCUUUUACUCUCUCUUUCACCCCAAAACCUAGGCCACUGAGGGGCCAAGUAUAAAGAGCCCUAAGAUACGUCUUCCAGGCCCAGAACAAGGAAAGGCUCUUGGAGUGUGUGGGCAGAUUGGGUCAAGGGGGCUUGGGUGAGUGAUGUUGCCCAGGAAGGUCCUAUUUGCUAAUAGGCCCACAGCUUCCACAAGACCCUUUGUGGUAAGUUAAAGCCUGGGUUUUAGCCAUCAUUCCCCAGGAGAGUCUAACUACUGAGUGGCGUGUUUGCUCUGCUCUGUGACAGCCUAAGGCUAGCCCUUUGGUGAGUCAGACCCUUAGACCCAGAAGCCAUCUUCCUUUCUUCCCUUCCCCUCCCACACUAUCUCAAAUGGUGGAGGAAAACCUGGCAACUGUUCUUCCUCCGGAGCAGUAGCUGUUGUUUUGUGCAGUUAAGAGGAUCUCCUAUGAGGAGUAGGGUGUAGGUAUUGCCUCUUCAUUAUUCCAGUUCACUCUCUGAUCAUUGCCUUCACUCAUAUAUACACGUUUUAAAUUAGAAAGCCCAGUGCAUUAUUUCUAAACCUGAGAAAGAUGCGCAUGAGUGAUUGUCCUUACUCAUAACUACUCUCAAACCCAAAUGCUAUUAAAGUGUGUUUGUGUAAGUUUAACCUGUCAUAAUACAAUUUUGUUGUGUAGAAACAUGACAGUAAUCUUACUUUACUUCCAGCUCUAAAUGGUGGUAAUCAAUAAUGUAUUUUCACUCAACUAUUUCUACCCAGCUUAUAUUGCACCAUACAUUCAGCUUAACACUUUCUCUAAAAUUGCUUGCUUUACAUUUUCCCACAUAGCGUUUCAUUCCCUGAUUUUCUCUUCUUUUGUUCCACAACUAGUUUAUUUGCAGUGUAAUGCUUUGAAUUCUGUUUUGCCUCUCUUUCUCCAAAACCCUGUUCCCAAUCAGCCUUGUUUACUUUAAAAACAACAACAAAACCAACAGCAAAGUAACACAUGUGGGUUUUUUGUCGAUAAAAGUAACAUGUUCAUUGGGACACAUUGGAAAAUAUACAGAAUAAAUAAGUUACUUAAAAUCAAGUCCACCAGUCAGAAAGAACCAACCACUGUGAACAUUUUGGCGUGUUUCAAAUCUGUAAUGCGUGUAUGUGUGCGUUUAUAGACACAUUUUUUUUUUUUUGCGGUAUGUGGUCCUCUUACUGUUGUGGCCUCUCCCGUUGCGGAGCACAGGCUCCGGACGUGCAGGCUCAGCGGCCAUGGCUCACGGGCCCAGCUGCUCCGCGGCAUGUGGGAUCUUCCCGGACCGGGGCACGAACCUGUGUCCCCUGCAUCGGCAGGCGGACUCUCAACCACUGUGCCACCAGCGAAGCCCUAUAGACAUAUUUUUAAAGUGAAAUUGGUCAUUAUGAUCUUGUCUUGUUUUUGCUUCACAUUAUAUCAUGAGCAUUUUAUUUCAUUAAAUAGUCUUUGAAAACAUUUUUAAUAGCCACAUAAUAUUUCUACCCUCAGCCAGCUUUUUAGAGAAUGCUUUCCUACUUUUCCAGCCUGUUCUUUUUUAGUCCCUCCUGCCCUCCUUUCACUGAAUUAGACGGUUUGUUAAACCCCUGUUCUCUUCAGGAGAGGGAAGAAGGAAGGAAGCUAUAAUUUGUUGACUACCAAGCAUUGGGUAAGGAGCAUAUACAUAUCUCUUAAUUCUCCCAAACAACCUUGUGAGGUAGACAUUAUCAUCCGUGUUUCACAGUUGAGGAAAUCAAGGCUUAGAGAAAUUAAGUAAUUUGUUAAAGUUACUCAGCUAGCAAAUGGUAGAGCCAGGACUCAAACCCAGGGCCGUUUACUCCAAAGUCCAUGGUUUUUCACCAUGCCAUUUUGCCUCGUAGCAUCCUCUGGUGAGCUCAUAAGCUCUUACCCCAUUCCAUGCUCUGGUUGGAACUGAAAUUUCUUUAUCCCAUUUUCUAUUAGAUGUCUCUAAACCAAACAAUCUAAAUGGCACUGGUAUAAAGCCCUGGGCCUAAAAACAAUAAGACAGGGCUUAGAAGAAAUUAGGUUAUUGACCAUAAAGGCUGUUAGGACAUAGAAUUGUCCCAUAGCUUUGAUGCUUUUCUGCUUCAGGCUUCUGAUCAUAUACAUCAGAUGCCUCUCUGCUAGAAUGAGCAACAUUUGUGAGAUACCCAAAAAUCUGUCCAUAAAACUAUGUCAAAAGUAUGUUUUCUCUUUAAAUGGAUUGUUCUGCAUGACCUUUUUCUGCAGUGAAUGCUCUAAAGGGGAGUUCUCUGUAUUUCUUGCUCCCUUUACUAAAUAGAAGCUAAGUUG